AUGACUGAUGCCAUCUCCUGGCCACCAGGGGCCAUCAUGAGCAAGCAGGUACUUUUGGGCCAGAAGAUGGUGGCCGUGUACUAUAAGGGCAUCAGCGUUUCUGGCAAUUUCUACAAAAACAAAGGCAGACCAUUCAAGGUGCGCUGCCCCUCAAGACCAAGGGAAGCCAGGCUGCCCUGGACCCCCUGCGUGUCUGAUGGGAUCCUGUUGCCCUAUGAUGGGAAAAAAGCAGGUGGUGCGUUCUGGUGCCCUCAAGGUUGUGCACCUAAACACUAUGUAAAAAUUUGCAUAUCUGGGAAGCCACGAGGUUGGCUGGAAGUAUCAGUUGGUGACAGCCACCCUAGAAGAGAAGAGGAAGGAGAAGGCCAAGAUCCAUUACUGGAAGAAAAAAAACAGGUCAUGAGACUAUGGGAACAGAACAAAAAGAACAUGGAGAAGAAAACAGACCUAUACUCAGAGCCCCUGACGACUCACAAACUCCUGGACUGUACCCAAUAG